GAGCAAUCUUUAGACAAGCUAUGAGGCACUGGGAAAGAUAUACCUGUGUAACAUUUAUUGAAAGAACUGAUGAGGAAAGUUACAUCAUAUUUACGUACAGAACAUGUGGGUCGUCGUGGAGGAGGUCCUCAGGCUAUAUCCAUAGGAAAAAACUGUGAUAAAUUUGGCAUAGUGGUCCAUGAAUUGGGUCAUGUUGUUGGCUUUUGGCAUGAACAUACCCGGCCUGACCGAGAUGAGCAUGUGACAAUUGUGAGAGAAAACAUACAACCAUUUGUUGUCAUUGCAGGUCAGGAAUACAACUUCCUUAAAAUGGAGCCUGGAGAAGUGAACUCUUUGGGAGAGACAUACGAUUUUGAUAGUAUCAUGCAUUAUGCCAGGAACACAUUCUCAAGGAGUGUAUAUUUUGAUACAAUACUUCCCCGGAGAAUUAAUAACCAUAUUCGACCAACUAUUGGGCAGCGCAUUCGCCUCAGCCAAGGAGAUAUUGCUCAGGCAAAGAAACUGUAUAAGUGUCCAGCUUGUGGAGAAACAUUGCUAGAGUCAAGUGGUAAUUUUUCUGCUCCUGGUUAUCCAAGUGGUUAUCCAUCCUAUACGCAUUGCAUUUGGAGAAUCUCUGUUACACCUGGAGAAAAGAUAGUUCUGAAUUUCACAGAAAUUGACCUUUUUAAAAGUCGACUAUGCUGGUACGACUACAUAGAGGUUCGAGACGGUUAUUGGAGAAAAGCACCAUUACUAGGUAGAUUAUGUGGGGAUCAUAUUCCAGAGCCAAUAAUAUCUACAGACAGCAGGCUAUGGAUUGAAUUCCGAAGUAGCAGUAAUAUCCUUGGUAAAGGGUUUCUGGCUUUUUAUGAAGCUAUAUGUGGAGGCAGUUUAAAAAAGGACACGGGUCAGAUACAAUCCCCCAAUUAUCCAGAUGAUUAUCGGCCAGAUAAACACUGUGUUUGGACAAUUUCAGUCUCCGAAGGAUAUGUAGUUGGUCUUACCUUUCAAACGUUUGAGUUUGAACCACAUGAUAAUUGUCUGUAUGACCACCUUCAAAUACGUGAUGGUCCUUCAGAAGAUAGUCCAUUUAUUGGGCAGUUUUGUGGCUAUGAGAAGCCUGAUGACAUUAAAUCUACCUCUAAUACUCUGUGGAUAAAAUUUUACUCUGACUCUUCCAUCAAUAAAGCUGGAUUUUCUGCCAACUUUUUCAAAGAGAUGGAUGAAUGCGCAAGGCCUGAUAAUGGAGGAUGUGCUCAGCGUUGUGUUAAUACUCUGGGAAGUUACAAAUGUGUCUGCGAUCCAGGCUAUGAACUCACUCCAGACAAGAAAAACUGUGAAGUUGCCUGUGGAGGUUUUAUCACAAAACUAGAUGGAACAAUAACAAGUCCUGGCUGGCCAAAUGAAUAUCCUAUGAACAAAAACUGUGUGUGGCAAGUGGUAGCUCCAGCACAAUACAGGAUAUCCCUGCAGUUUGAAGUCUUUGAUCUUGAAGGCAAUGAUGUUUGUAAAUAUGACUAUGUGGAAAUCCGCAGUGGCCUAACUUCAGAGUCAAAGCUGCAUGGAAGAUAUUGUGGCUCUGAAAAACCAGAGGUCAUUACAUCACAAGGCAAUGGUAUAAGGCUGGAAUUUAAAUCUGAUAACACGGUGUCCAAAAAAGGAUUUAAAGUAAACUUUUUUUCUGAUAAGGAUGAGUGUUCAAAAGAAAAUGGAGGCUGUCAGCAUGAGUGUAUCAAUACAUUUGGCAGUUAUAUGUGCCAGUGCAAAAAUGGUUACACACUUCAUGACAAUGGACAUGACUGUAAAGAAGCUGGCUGUGAACACAGACUUGUGAACGGUGAAGGAACAAUUUCAAGCCCAAGUUAUCCUGACAAGUAUCCUAGCCGCAAGGAGUGCACAUGGGGCAUAUCUACUACUGCUGGUCACAGAGUCAAACUUGUUUUUAAUGAUUUUGAAAUUGAACUGCACCAGGAAUGUGCCUACGAUCACCUUGAAUUAUACGACGGACCCAACAGCAAAUUCCCCGUUCUUGGGCGGUUUUGCGGCAGCACGAAACCAGAACCGGUAAUUGCAUCAACAAACAACAUGUUUCUACGUUUUUAUUCUGAUGCUUCAGUGCAGAGAAAAGGAUUUCAGGCCAAAUAUAGUACAGAAUGUGGAGGACGCUUAAAAGCUGAAAUCCAGACUAAGGAUCUGUAUUCCCAUGCCCAGUAUGGUGAUAACAAUUACCCAGUACAGUUAAAUUGUGAGUGGGUCAUCGUAGCAGAAGAUGGCUAUGGUGUGGAAUUAAUCUUCGAAAUAUUUGAAAUGGAGGAAGAAUCUGAUUGUGGUUAUGACUUCAUGGAAAUUUAUGAUGGAUAUGACAGUACCGCUCCAAGGCUGGCAAGAUAUUGUGGCUCAGGGCCUCCUGAAGAAAUCUAUUCAGCUGGAGACUCGCUCAUGAUUCGCUUUCACACGGAUGACACCAUAAAUAAAAAAGGAUUCCAUGCUCGAUAUACCAGUACCAAAUUUCAGGAUGCACUUCACAUGAGGAAAUGACUGAUGUCUGUGCUAAUGUACCUAAAUUCACAAUGUUUUCUGGAAGUUGAGAAACUGAAUUUAAUGGUGUGCAGGUUUCUGUGUCGUAGCAUAACUGCAGUCUGUUAGGAAUCUGUAUAGAUUAGGAUUCAGAUUUUAGGAGGAUAUUUCUGUUUUGUGCCAAUGUACCAAGGACCAAAUAUUUUCUUAUAAUAAAUCUAACUCCGUUUACAUUGCUCUGAAAUAAAUUGU